AUGGCUUCGUCCAAUCUAAAUGAGACUAUUACCAAUCUAGCCAACGACUGUGCUUCAAAGUUGCAAGAAGUAAUCGGACGCGCAUCUCUUUCAGCUAAUAGCCAUCAUGUGGGAUAUAUGCACAACGAGCGCGGUAGGUUUAGUGUAUGGGCCUGGAAUAUCGGUGCUUUCCAGCCUCAGCAAUCUAUGUCGUCCUUGGAUGCACGCCUGAGGGAUGCUCCAAGACAACGGGGGAGUGUGAUUCGAGGUUUGGAAAGGCUGCAAAGCGUUGUUAGUCGAAUUCAACAAAUCAUAGCAGGUGUCAACCAGAAUCGCAAAGCCCAAAGCACACCAGGGGCCAUAGACGAACCAACAAGUGAGCUUGAACAGCUCCUGGCGAACUUGCGCUCUUCCAUAGACCAUCUUUUCAGUUUGUCAACGUUGCUACGCAGGAUGAGGCCUAAAGGGCGUCUUCCUAAGCUAACUGACUUCGUCCCCUCUGAGACUUCCCCAGAUAUCAAGCAUGUGGAAGAUAAAUUCCCCAAAGUCAGACAAUCACCUUGGCUAGCACAGCGCCUGGGUAAUGCCAUCACCAAAAGGCGUCUAAUAAUCCAGUAUAGGCAAAGCCAUCGCCAGAAGCUCUCAGAGGCUUCUCCAAUGCAGGAUGAGACUAAUGCCUCAGCCCGAGCUCAGAGCACCCUGGCAACUACCUUCCAGGAAGGGAAACAACAGGGAAUGACAGAGCAAGAAUCCAGACACUCAAUCUUCACCUCAGCAACAUCCUUUGUUAGUUCAUACGGAGAGGAUCUUGGUCGUCGGAUUCCUGACUUGCCAGAUAUGGUACUUAAUGGUGUUCAGCUGCAAUAUGGUGAGCCGAUAGAAUGCCCGUAUUGUCGGACAAUCCAUGAGGUAGCAGACCGGAAUCAGUGGAGACGACACGUUUUCUCGGAUCUGCAGCCUUACGUUUGCACAUUUAAAGAUUGCACUUCAGAUCUUUUCUCGACCCGCGAAGAAUGGUUUCGUCACGAGAUAAACGCCCACAGGCAAGAUUGGGUUUGUAUCCUGUGCAACGAAGCUGAUACGACAUUUUCAAGCGUGGCCACGUUGAGAAACCACUUCAAAGCCGCGCACAAGGAGGUUAAUAACAAUCAGCUGGAAACGAUUCUAGAAGCCUGCCAGUGCCUAUCAAAGCGUAUGGAUUCCUCUGCAUGCAGCCUAUGCGAUGAAUGGACUCCUCCGGCUGGAAUAUCCCAGAAUAUGAAGGAAUUUUGUCGACAUCUAGCACGUCAUCAGCAGAUGCUUGCCCUGGAGGCCUUGCCUAUCGCAGUGGACGGCUUGGAGCUUAAUAUCUCGGAUUUAGACCGCGACGACAGCGAGGAUCCUGAGGAUACCACACCCACAAUGCUCCAUUGCUUAGUGUGCAAGGCUGUCUGGAGUCUAUCUGGACAUGGUAGAGAGUGCCCCAUAUGUCACGAAGAAGGAUCUAUUUUAUAUGCUCGGGCUUGUGUCGCACUACUACCAGAGGACUGGCAAGAUAUAGUUACUUCAGACGACACAAUCUACUUUUCUGCUGAUGGAACAGUGGUCUGGACAAAUCAAGAGGACGAAGCUGAAGGCACUGAGCAAAGCAUAAUUCCAAGCGACAAGGACCAAAUGCCAACAGUUAAAGGGUUCUUGCACAAUACAGGUAGUCAGGAGGUUCUCUGGCUCGCAGCAUCUCUCUUCGACUUUAAUGCAAUCACUGAUAAGUCUAUCGCUGGGUACCCCUACUUAUGCUAUACAAGUGGAGAGAUAUUUGACGUUAUUAAUGUCUUUAAGAUUGGUAACAAAGGCGGUGACCUAUGGCUUGCAAAGAACCAGGAGGAUCCACAUGAAAAGUUAGGAUGGAUUUGGGAUAAGCAUUUUGCUAGACUUACUGAUAAAUGA